UAGUCUAUUUAUUCAUUUCUCUGCAACUUCAUUCAAAAAGAACCCAAAAAAAAGAUCCGACCCGGAUAACUCUCCUUCCUCCCACUUCAUAGGAGCUUCCUUCAAUCCACUGCACAGAGAGAGAGAGAGAGAGAGAUAGUGUUAUGUUCAUAAUCCCAACAACAAUUUCAGGGAAAUAAAAUGGGUAAUUGUGCAUCAGCCCAAUUUAAAAUAGUUAGUUCAAAGAAACCACGACAUAUUCGUUCUAGAAAGAUCCGGAAGCAUGGAAAGCCAUGGAAGAAGAAGAAAAGUGAAGCAGGAAACCUUGUUGCUGUUACUGAAAUUGUUCACACAACAACCACUUCCACUAUCCAAGUCACUCAAAGAGAAUGGCAUCAAAGUCAAAUUGAUUCUAAUGUGAUUUCUCAAGAAGAAUCAUGGUUUGACUCGGUUAGCAAACUUGAAGAAUCCGGUUCGGAUGACGACUUUGAUAGCAUGGAUGGAGAUGAAGAAGUGAUUGAAUAUGAGACAUCUUCAUGCAUCAUCGGAAACAAUUGUACACAAACUGAGACAAGGACAUCAACCGUUAUCAGACUUUCAUUAAAGAAAACUUCAAUUGAUGGAGAAGAAUCCAAUGAACCCCAAUCUUCUGGAAAGUUCUUUUUUCGCCCCCGCGCAGGACUCUUGAUUCCAUGUUAUACAGAUGAGAAGCCGACACCUGGAUGUUGGUCUGCUAUUGACCCUUCGUGUUUCACUCUUCGAAGUGAAUCUUAUUUUAAAGAUAAAAAGAAAAUCCAAGCUCCAAGUUAUUGCCCUUAUAUUCCGUUUGGUGUUGAUCUCUUUGUGUGCCCGAAAAAAGUCAACCACAUUGCUCAACACAUUGAACUUCCUUCUUUAAAAGGAGAUGGCAAUUUGCCACCCCUUUUUAUUGUUAAUAUUCAGUUGCCUACCUAUCCUAUACCUAUGUUCCUUGGUGAUAGUGAUGGCGAAGGUUUGAGCCUUGUUUUAUAUUUCAAACUCUCUGAAACAUAUGAAAAAGAUAUCUCUCCCCAAUUUCAAGGGCUAAUCAAGAGUUUAUGUGACAAUGAAAUGGAAAAAGUAAAAGGAUUUAGGAAAGAUUCCCUUACAACUUUUAGAGAAAGAUUAAAGAUCAUAGUUGGUGUGGUAAACCCCGAUGAUCUUGUUUCAAAUAACACCGAAAAGAAGCUUUUGCAUGCUUACAAUGAAAAACCCGUUCUUUCACGCCCUCAACAUGAAUUUUAUCAGGGUCCAAAUUACUUUGAAGUUGAUCUUGACAUUCAUCGGUUUAGUUUUAUAGCAAGGAAGGGAUUAGAAGCAUUUCGUGAUCGGUUGAAAAAUGGUAUAUUGAAUUUGGGCCUAACAAUUCAGGCUCAGAAACCAGAGGAAUUACCUGAAAAAGUGCUAUGCUGUUUGAGAUUGAACAAGAUUGACUUUGUGAAUCAUGGUCAAAUACCUACUAUAAUGGCCACCAAUGAAGAUUGACAUUCUAUGACUUUUUGACUUUUGUUAUUCAUUCUUCACCAUUGUAAAUGAAAACUAAAGAUUUAUACUCUUAAAUCAUGAACAAAAUACAUAGGAUGAAAGAAAUCAUGUUUUUUUGACCAGGUCAAAUUCAAUAAGUUAGUCGAUGAUUAUGGUAGACC